AUGAGUAAUUGUAAAACGGAAUCUCAGUAUAUAUCUCAAAAAGCUUUGGCGUAUGAACCCUCCAAGGAGGAAAUUAAAUUUUACCACAAAAAUAAUCAUAAAAGCUUAAGGUACAUUUUUUGUCGUCAAGAAUUGGAUGAUUUUGAAAAAGAGAAAAUACAGGAACUAAAGGAUUUUGUUAAUAAUUUAAAAAAAAAAGAAAAUGAAGGAAAAGGGAAAGAAGAGACAUAUGAAGGCAUAUUCAAGAAUACAAUUUUUGAAGAUGACAAUUAUGUGCUUCGAUUUUUACAAGGAAAUGAAUUCCACUUUGAAAAGUGUUAUUAUGAUAUGCUAAGACACCUGGAAUGGAGAGAUGAAAACCUCCCAGUAUUAUAUGACGAUAUCAAGGAUUUAUUGAAGGACGUUUUAAGGGUAGCCUACUACUGGAUGGAAUUCAUAAUAUCAAAUCUAUUCAUUGAAGGGAAAAUUGAGCAAUGGAGAGUUAUAAUCGACUUAUCAUCAUGUGGUGUUUUGAACAUACCCAUAGGGACUUUAAAAGAUAUCUCCAAGUGUCUUAGUUGUAAUUACAGAUCAAGAUUAGCAAAAAUGUUAAUCCUUAGUGCACCUCUCUUUGUUACUGGAAUGUGGCACAUGCUGAAGUCAAUCAUACCGGUUGUAACGCAGCAGAAAAUAACAAUAUCUUCAGCCGGAAUAGAUAAAAGGCUUCUUGAACAAGUGGACGCAGACCAACUGGAAAAAAAAUUUGGAGGGAAAUGUGAAAACGCAACAACCUUUAGCAAACCCAUUAUGCCAUAA